AUGACCACAACCGAUUAUACCACCAAUGACCUGACCUUCCUUCUCAUAUCAGAUGCGGAAUUUGAACAACUCAACCGAGUCUUAACCCCCCUUCUCUGCACUUCUCUCAUCGCAUCCUCGAUCACAUCGAUGACCUUCAUACUAAUAAAGAUCCAUUAUCCUUCUUUGGCCGACAGGGUCUCCUUUAGGCUGGAAUUCGCUACAAUGGUUAGCGACCUUGUGUACACGAUAUUUCAAAUGUUUGCAAACUUUAUAGAAAAUCGACCCGGUUUCAUGUGUUCAUUCAUGACCCUGGAAGCUUUGCCCAUCACCGAUCCUUCAAAGGAUGAAUUUAGGAAAUUAAAGAAAAACGCCUCGGUCUCCGCCAUGGUCAAAAAGGUGCUCUGGUAUCCGGUGGUGCCGGUGAUCACCCAAACACUCAACUGGAGCAUCGAAACUCGAAUUUAUUUUCGACAAAAAGUUCCUUUUUCCCUUUUUCUUUUCUGUUUUAUUGGCACAUCGAUUCAAGGUUUGCUAAACGCUUUGGUAUUUUCCCAAGACAUUGCGGUGAAGCGCGCUAUCCAGCUAAUGAAACUUAAUUGGUGGUAUAAUUAUGUGAACACCUAUGAACAAAAAUAUUUGCACCUAUCGAAAAACAAACGCAUUGAACCUUUCAAGAAACCAUCGUGCGCCAGGUCAAGCUACGAAACGAAUUGCAGCGAUGAUCCCAAUUCUGCCGCAAGCAUCAUUCGAGAGUCGCCAUCGAGGAACCAAUGCCCGGGAAAAACCGAAGAGAUCCAGAAGCCGGAAGAGUCGGAGAAUGUUCUCAACCCGACGCGCUUCGAAAGAUUGCGUUACACAUUGUUGAUCAACUUAUUCUCAGUUCCCGAAGAGACAGACUUAUUGGCCUCAUUUCAACACUCACUUUCAUCAGAUGAUGAAACGGAGUCUGAACCUGAAUCGAAAGAUACUAUCACGAAAAAGCGAAAAAAUUUUUCCCUAUCUUCGUCGAAAACUGUUCUUGCUAAAGACCAAAAAAAUCUUUCCUUACAGUCGACUCCCUCGAAACCUUCUUCGGAUUUUAGACCUAGCUUAAAUUUAGAUAUUCCGUAUUCUUCAACUUCCAUUUCCAAUUUCAAAAGCUUCAAUCCCAUCAGCAUACCACCACUAGAACCGGUUCUUCACGCUCAUCAGACUCGUUAUUCAAUAACUCCGAACUACACAGCAAUCGGCGAUGAGAAUCCAUUGCCAACAUCAAAUCUCCUACGAUCUCACCAUUCGAGAAAAAACAAAAAAAAGAAAUCAAAUCGCAAUUCUUCGAUAAAUUUCUUGUCAAAAAAAUAUGAUGAGCCCUCGGUCGCCAGUAAUAGCAGUG